AAGCAUCAAGGGCACGAAUAAGCAAUCCCAGCUUUGCCAAUAAGCCCUUGUUCUUCCUCAUCUCCCUCUUUCGACUUUCUCAGGUCAUGGAGAUGAAGAAGAUUGCCUGCGCCGUCCUCAUCGCCGCAUCGGCGACCGUUGCCCUCGCCGCCGAUGGUCCGGCCCUUGCCCCGGCGGGAACCCUGGCGGGAGCCCCGGCGGCGGGAGCAUCCGCAGCAACCGGCGCCUUCCCGGCCGUCGGCGCAGUGCUCGGCGCCUCCGUACUCUCCUUCUUUGCUUACUACAUGCAGUAAGUAGGCGAAGGAAGAUACGUGCACCUGGAGGAGGAUGAAGAGGACAAAUGCUGCUGGUGCUUCCUGUAUUUCGUUAAUUUGAUGUGUGUUUUCGUUUUUGUGAUACAUGUACCUUUGAUUUGGUUUGAAGCUGGAUUACUUGACCAUAUGUUGAUUGAUCCAUUUAUUUCAUUAAUGGAAAAUUUCACUCUUCAUUCA